CAGUACUGUAACACCAACAGCAAACAACAAACUCACAGUCCGAAAAACCAACCCAGUUCCGGUUCUUUUUAUCCACCUAGACUACUAUAGAUAGUAUACCAUGAGUGCUAGUGGUAUAACUCUAACAGGUUUUGUAGUGCUGCUGCAUGCAGCUUACAGUUGUCUUCAUUUCAAGAGUUUACUUCAAGAAUUGGAUAUCAGCAUUGAUGCCGCAGCGGAAGGAGGACGUUCGGUACCUCCAGCGGAUGUCUGGGUAGAAUGUGGCAUUGGACUUGUAAUUGUGUUUUUGGGUCAACUACUGGGACCAGGUGCUGGAACCUGGCAGCCUUGUCUCACUACUACAGGAGCAAGUGGAGUCAAACGACGACCUCUGGUGGCACCGGCUCAUAUUUCCCGUGAUUUUGAUAUCUAUGCGGACCGCUCCAAGGCUGUGGCAGCCAUCAAGAAAGGCAUCUGAAUUUGAUUGAUUUGAUUGCAAUAAACUAAUAAUAAUAAAAAUUAUACUUUCAAUUG